AUGCAUACACUGCUGGAAUGUUAUGCUUUUCGGCAUGCAUUCAACUUUCAAAGUCGUCUUAACAAUGUUCGUCGCAUCGUUAACAGUGCGUCAAACUUUGCGCUACCUUCGGAUAGUGUAAUGUACGUUUUCGACAGAAACACGAAGCUUCUUCAAAGAGAACGAGCUGCACAAGCAUCCGACGUGAAGCUGUAUGACUACAUCAAAGAUGAAGUAGGUUACAGACUAGCAGAUAGAGUAUUUGACAUAAAGAAAAAAUUCAAAAAAGCACUUGACUUAGGAUGUGGUCGUGGUCAUGUGUCCAAGCACAUCUUGGCAGAAUCUGUAGAAGAGUUAAUCUUGACCGAUACGUGUCCGACCUAUGUCGAUCAAGCUGAGACAGCUGAAGGAGUUAAAGUAACAAGGACAGUUAUGGACGAAGAGAACUUUUCAUGGGAACCAAAUAGUUUAGACUUAAUAUUAAGUUCAUUGAGUCUUCAUUGGGUUAACGAUUUACCAGGCUGUCUCAAGAAUGUUAAUAAAAGCUUAAAGAAUGAUGGUGUUUUCCUGGCAGCUAUAUUCGGAGGACAAACAUUAUAUGAAUUAAGAAGUUCUUUACAGUUAGCAGAACUGGAGAGAGAUGGUGGGAUUUCAGUUCACAUUUCACCAUUUGCUGAAGUUAGAGAUGUUGGAACAUUGUUGAAUAGGGCCAAUUUUACAAUGUUAACCAUUGAUACAGAUGAAAUGGUUGUUGGUUAUCCAAACAUGUUUGAGUUAAUGUGGGAUUUAAAAGGAAUGGCUGAGAAUAAUGCUGUUAGAAAUCGAAAAUUACGUUUAAAUAAGGACACUAUACUUGCAGCCUCUGCAAUUUACAAAGAGCUUUAUGGACAAACUAAAGAAGAUGGUACACCAUUUCUUCCUGCAACAUUUCAAAUAAUUUAUCUAGUAGGCUGGAAGCCAGACCCUUCACAACCAAAACCUCUAGACAGGGGCACUGGAGAAGUGUCUCUUAAGAAUUUAUACAGAUUAGAUGAGAUUAUAAAGGAAACUAAACAAAUUAAAAUAGAUGAAGAUAAAUGAUGUAAAUAAUGUAUAAAGCAUUGUAAACCUUUAUACUUAAUACAAAAUACAAUACAUUCAUUGUAUUAAUCUUUCCUUAAGAUUACUAUACAUGUUAAUCUGAAUCAUCAAUUAAAAAAACAUAGUUUCAUUUAUAUUUUACACUAUUUCUUUAUAUUACGACU